AUGGGAAUUGAACCCACGUUUUCUGCAUGCGCUUUCGAAGUCUCUAGUCGCUACACCGCAGAUACCGACCGGAGGAGUAGCGGGCCCUUCCUCCAGACCUCCAGACCUCCAGACCUCCAGGCCUCCACAGCUCCAGCUACUCUUCUCAUAUUUCCCCCCAUCCCCCACGACAUCAAGAAGUUCUGUGACCGACUUCUGGACAUCCCGUGUAAAGUGUGCGGAGACAGGAGCUCAGGGAAACACUAUGGCAUCUACAGCUGUGAUGGUUGCUCCGGAUUCUUCAAGCGAAGCAUCCACAAGAACAGAGCGUACACAUGCAAGGCACAGGGCCCCCUAAAGGGAAGAUGCCCAGUAGACAAGACACACAGAAACCAGUGCCGAGCUUGCCGUCUCAAUAAAUGCUUCGAGGCCGACAUGAACAAGGAAGCAGUUCAACACGAGAGGGGACCGCGGAAGCCCAAACCAAAACCUGGAGAACUUCCGGGUCCGCUUUUGGUGGACACCAGGGGACAGAACUCUCAAGACCACCCGAUCGACCUAAGCGUUACCACCCCUUGCCGUCUCAUCCCCUUGCAGUAUCAUCAGGACAUCGCCAUGGCAACGCCACCGGUGUUCCCUGACUCUCACAUGUUGAUGUUGUCGGGAUACAUGAACAGGUUCAACGACCUCAUGAGGAUACAGGUAUGCUUGGUGUUCCGUUUACCAAUCAUACACGGCCCCUCUGCUUUCACCGCUCCUCUGGCCCCGCCCCUCGCUACGUCAUUCCACCACGACAUUUUACAAGAGGUCAUGGCCAGGCUUCUGUUCACGGUGGUCACGUGGGUCAAGCACAUCCCAGCAUUUAUUACGUUGACCCCUGGGGAUCAGACCAUGCUCAUGGCGUCCGCCUGGAAGGAGCUUUUCCUCUUGGGCGUGGUCCAGUGGGGGCUACCCGUUGACCACCUGUCGCAGAUGACGCAGAGGGAUGACGCAAGCACUUCCGCCGUGGACCUGGAGGAGUGCGAGACCUUGACGGAUCUGAUCAACAGACUCCGGGAGAUGUCUCUGGACCCCACAGAGAUGACGUGUGUGAAGGCUGUCGCGUUGUUCAAACCAGACGUGGCCAGUUUAUCAGACAGACGACAAGUCCAGAGCAUCCAAGACCAGGCCCAGCUCAUGCUCAACAAGCACAUCCAGCUGAGCUACCCUCGUCAGAUGAUCAGGUUCGGUCGUCUGCUCAUGCUCCUCUCCAAGAUGCAGACGAUCAGCGCCGGCACCGUCGAGAGGCUCUUCUUCCGGGGUCUACUGGCUACGUCAUCGAUCGAGAAGUUGAUCGGGAACAUUCUGCACGGAGAGUUCUUGUGACGUGAGCGACACGUCGGUCGCGCUUCUUGGUAUAGAUCUAUGAGAAAACCACAACAAUACUAAUAACGAUAAUGGCGAUAAUGAUAAUAAUAAUGACAAUAACAAUAUAACAAUUACAAUAGGCUACUAACAUUAUUAAUACCAAUAAUAACAAUUAAUAAUGA